AUGAAACGAAGCUCGUUAACUUAUCACGAGCGUCGGCGAGGCUACUGGGUUACGAACGUCGGCGAGGCUACUGGGUUACGAGCGUUGGCGAGGCUACUGGGUUACGAGCGUUGGCGAGGCAAACUGGUUACGAGCGUUGGCGGGGCCCUACUGGGUUACGAGCGUUGGCGAGGCUACUGGGUUACGAGCGUUGGCGAGGCUACUGGGUUACGAGCGUUGGCGAGGCUACUGGGUUACGAGCGUUGGCGAGGCUACUGGGUUACGAGCGUCGGCGAGGCUACUGGGUUACGAGCGUCGGCGAGGCUACUGGGUUACGAGCGUCGGCGAGGCUACUGGGUUACAGCGUGGGCGAGGCUAACUGGGUUACGAGGUCGGCGAGGCUACUGGGUUCCCGAGCGUCGUUGGGACACCUCUGAAAUCGACCUUGACUCUCAAGAGGAGCUAGAAGUCCAGCCUAUAUUCAACCAGAUCAGCCGCGCACCUCGGGCGUCAGGUGUUCGGCCGCGCACUCGGGCAUCUCGUGUCCAGCGGCGCACUCGGGGAUCAGGUUGUUCAGCCGCGCACUCGGGCAUCAGGUGUUCAGCCGCGCACUCGGGCAUCAGGGGUUCAGCCGCGCACUCGGGCAUCAGGUGUUCCCGCCUGACAGCAUCAGGUGUUCAGACGCACACUCAGGCAUCAGGUGUUCAGACGCACACUCAGGCAUCAGGUGUUCAGACGCACACUCAGGCAUCAGGUGUUCAGACGCACACUCGGGCAUCAGGUGUCCAGCCGCACACUCAGGCAUCAGGUGUCCAGCCGCACACUCAGGCAUCAGGUGUCCAGCCGCACACUCAGGCAUCAGGUGUCCAGCCGCACACUCAGGCAUCAGGUGUUCGGACGCACACUCGGGCAUCAGGUGUCCAGCCGCACACUCAGGCAUCAGGUGUUCGGACGCACACUUGGGCAUCAGGUUUCCAGCCUGACAAUCAGGCAUCAGGUGUUCAGCCGCGCACUCAGGCAUCGGGCGUCCAGCCUGACACUCAGGCAUCAGGUGUCCAGACGCACACUCAGGCAUCAGGUGUCCAGACGCACACUCAGGCAUCAGGUGUCCAGACGCACACUCAGGCAUCAGGUGUCCAGACGCACACUCAGGCAUCAGGUGUCCAGACGCACACUCAGGCAUCAGGUGUCCAGACGCACACUCGGGCAUCAGGUGUCCAGACGCACACUCGGGCAUCAGGUGUUCAGACGCACACUCGGGCAUCAGGUGUACAGACGCACACUCAGGCAUCAGGUGUCCAGACGCACACUCGGGCAUCAGGUGUUCAGACGCACACUCAGGCAUCAGGUGUCGAGCCUCACACUCAGACAUCAGGUGUCGAGCCUCACACUCGGGCAUCAGGUGUCGAGCCUCGCACAAGUCAGAAUACGCUCAACCAUCGUGUACCUCAAGAGGUCUUGCAACAGGGGGCCAUGAUCAAUAUGCAAUUACCAGUCCACCAAACUUCCAACAAUUUAACUUUUGGUAUCUACCCAACUGACCAUACAUCCCCGAUGGAUGCAUCUCAUGCUGGAGGAGUUAUACGGUUGCGCCAGAGGCGUAGUGCACGAUUGGCAGAAGCCAGCUAUGUCCUGAGGCAAAAAUAGUUACUGCUGGGAAUGAGGUUUAAGAAAGGAUAAAGACGCAGUUAUUUAAGAAGUGUAAUGCAUCUUUAACUGCUGUUCCACGUAUCAUCAGAUCAUCACGUCUGUCUUAAACGUCCAAGGAUAUUCCUACAGAAUGUCACU